AUGGAGACGUGCUGGGUUGGCUCAGCAAUGGAUGCGGCCUUCGCUCUGGCAGAGCCUUUCACCAAAAUCAAGGCUGAGGAGAAAAGCUGGAGCAGGGCAGGAGACGAGGCUGUGGAGGAGCACGGCCUGGCCCCCGGCGCGCAGGGCGGCCUCGGCGCCCUCUGCGACCUGCAGUGGAUGCAGAUCAACAUCGUGCAGGAACGGGCGCCCCCCGAGCGCGCCCACGGCCCCGUGGACGUGCUGCUCAUCGAGGUAGAAACUCAGGCAGUUUUCAGCUGCGAUUUGUGCCCGUUCACCUCGCUCAGAAUAUCGAGUCUGAACCGUCACGUGAAAACCCAUUCCGAUGAGAAACCCCACGUGUGUCACCUCUGCCUCAAGGCCUUCCGUACAGCCACUCUCCUGCGUAACCACGUGAAUGCUCACACAGGGACCAGACCAUAUAAAUGCUGUGACUGUGAUAUGGCAUUUGUGACCAGUGGUGAGCUCGCAAGACACAGACGUUACAAGCAUACUUUAGAAAAACCCUUCAAGUGCUCACUAUGUAAAUACUCCAGUGUAGAAGCCAGCAAACUGAAGCGACACAUUCGCUCGCACACCGGAGAGCGUCCUUACGCCUGCUGCCUUUGCAGCUAUGCCAGCAAAGACACGUAUAAGCUGAAAAGACACAUGGUGACCCACUCAGGUGAAAAGCCAUAUGAAUGUUAUGUUUGCCAGGCCAGAUUCACUCAAAGUGGUACCAUGAAAAUCCAUAUAUUACAAAAGCACGGUGAAAAUGUGCCAAAGUAUCAGUGUCCGCAUUGUAGCACGUUUAUCGCAAGAAAAAGCGAUCUGGGUGUCCACUUGCGAAAUCUGCAUUCCUACAUGGCAGUGGCAAUUAAAUGCAGUUACUGUGAAGCUGUUUUUCAUGAGCGCUAUGCUCUUACUCAGCACAAGAAGACGCACAGAAAUGAGAAAAGGUUCAAGUGUGAUCAGUGCAGCUAUGCAUGCAAGCAGGAACGACACUUAGUUGUCCAUAAACGCACCCAUACUGGGGAGAAGCCCUUCAGCUGCCUGUGCUGCAGCAAGAGCUUUCGGCGCAAGCAGCUGCUCACCGUGCACUUCAGGAAGCACCACGACUCCAAUUUCAAACCUCCAGUUUAUGAAUGCCCUGAAUGUGGUAAGGGCUAUUCACGCUGGAGUAAUAUGCAUAAGCAUGCUGAAAAUUGUGGAUUGGUGAGAGCAAAAGCUGUUGCAUCCAGAAAAAGAAGCAAGGGCAAAAAGAAAAAACGUUUGUUCACCAAGUUAAGCAUGGACAAAGCAGUGUGGAAUUGGUGCAUGGACAGCGUCAUUGCUCGGGACGGUCUCCGCCGCAGCCUGCGGGCGAGCGCAGCCAUUCCAGCGCAGGGCAGCGAUAACGGCCGCCACGCGGCUAUCGGGCUGACCAGAGACUUUGCCAGGAACUAUCUAGUAAAACACAUGACGCUGCCCUCACCCCCCGGCCGGGAUGCUGAUACGUGA